CCCUUCUUCCUUUCCCACACAAACCCCCGCCCUCCAAUCCAUUCCUCUGCAGCAAACCAAUCUCGCCUCUUAAAAUCUUCCCUUCUUCUUCCCCUCACCAUCCUCCAAAACGCCCUCGCGCCUGUGAUUCCACCCUUCACGCAAAAGCAAAAGAAGAGCUCAUUCCAUUGCACUGUACACUUUGCAACCUGGGAGGCGUCUUUCCUGUCUUUUGUUUUUUUUAAUUUAUUCCUUUUUUUUCCUUUUUAUUUUCUUUCCUUGUCUUGUAUAAUCCUUGCUUUUGUUUCAAGCAGAGGAUAAGGAGGGAGAAACGAAGAGGAACAAGAAACAGAAGAUAGUUGAUAUACCCAGAAUAUCAGCUUGUGUGUAACAUUAAAGCUUCCCAAAAAAAGCCCCCUUCGACUCUGGAACCUUGCCGAACGCGAACCAACAACGUUAGCCCUACCUCCUCUGUCCUCUCUCCCCCCCUCUCUCUCUCUCUCGCACGCACGCACGAACUCCCCUUUUUUUUCUCGACUCCCCCUUGCAUCACGACAGUUACGAGUCCCACGAAAAAAAGAAAGGAGAACAAAUAAAAAAGAAAAAAAAAAGGAAGAGGCACAUCCGUCAUGACUGAAGACUCGAAGCAAUCCGUUAGAAUCGCAGUUCGGCGCCCUACCUCCACCCCAUCCAUCUUCCUCGUCGCGUCCUUCACCGACCCCGCCUGGGAUCCCGUCGAGCUCGAGGCCAAGCCCGUCACAUCCGCAGACGCGACAUCAGAGGCGUAUGAGUUCUCCAAGUCGUUCGAGCUAGCUCCGGGCAAGUACCAGUACAAGUUCCGUGCCGGCUCAGGGGAUGCCUGGUUCUGUGAUACAGAUGUGCCCACAGAAGUGGAUAACGAUGGCAAUAUGAACAACGUAUUGCUAGUCGAAACCGCAUCCGAUUCCAAGAAAGACGACCCGCAGGCUGGGCAGUCCAAGUCGGAUAACACGACGGAAAACGCUGAGACGGUGGUGGCUUCUGACGAAACAACCGAAAAGGCGGCAGCGGACAAGGAAUCGAAUGGUGUAAACGGCAUCGUUGCAGAGAAAGCCGAUCCGGAACCAAAGGAAGCUUCAAUCCCCGCCGAAGAAGCUCCAGAGAAGGCUGAAAAGGAGUCCACUGGCGGUGAAGAUGUCGCGGAACAGCCCACCACCGUCUCCGAAGCAAUAGCAAAGGGCACGCCGUCGGACCUGAAACCGGCCGACGAUUCGCAACCCAAGGCUGACAUCAAGGAUGAGGACGUGUCCGUCAAUGGUGGCCCGGUCGAGAAGAAACUGGAGGUACAGGAAGCGGAGACUGAGAGUCCGCAACCUGAAAAGAAAGAGCCGGAGGUCUCUCCUGACUCCUCCGCUGACCCAAUUUCAUCUGCAACCGAAGCAGAAUCUCCUGAGCAAGCUGAACCAGAACCGUCCGAGCCCAAAGCUGAGGAGCCUAAGGCGCCCGUAGAGCCUGAGAUCCAACCGACGUCCGAGGUCGAGAAACAGGCGGAAGCAACCGAGCCAAAGGAUGAAUCGCCAGCUGUAUUGAAUCCCGAGGCCCCUCAACAGCUAACAGAAACCGCAAAGGAUUUGGAGUCAAGACCCCAAACCCCAGCGAGCAUGUCAAGCUCCACAAGAUCCCUGAACCCAGCCGCUCCCGCAUUCGUGCCAGGGAAAUUCACGCCAGUGUCUGUUCCGAACCCGGUCGAAACCGAUGACGCGGCGCCCAAGGACGAUAAGGAAUCGCAACCACCUGCGCCAGAAGAACCUAAGGUAGCUGAAAAGGUGCCCGAGGCAAGCACGGCCGGCGACGAAGUGGAUAAGGACAAAGAAGAGGUUGUAGCAUCAUCGAAGCCGGAAGAAGACGUGGCCCAGACGACCACCACCACCGCAGAAGAGCCCAAAGAGACUCCUGCUGCGGAGCAACCUGCUAUGGAUGCUGUCAAGGAGGUUGAGAAACCAGCCGAACCUGCGGCCCCAGAGCAAACGGAAGAGCCUGCUGAGGAAGCACCAAAGGUCGAAAAGGCUCCAGAGGUCGAGACAGCCGCCGCCGCAGUUUCAACCGAUCCUAUUCCCGAAGCUACUGCAGAAGCAGUAACGGAAGAUAAAGAGGAAGAAAAGAAUGUUUCCACAACUGAAGCACCGUCCGAGCCACUGGCUGAAAACGUCACCGCAUCUGCCACCGAGACCGUCGAGGAAUCGGCGCAGAAGGACGAUGAAGUUGUUCCAUCUUCCAAGACCGAGAUCGAGGAGAAGGAGGUUCAACAGCAGGAAAAGCCUGUAGAUGAGGUUCCCGUGGCAGAAGAUUCUCCUGCCGAACCGGAGCCCGUCAAAGCAUCAACCGAACCGGCUGACGAAAAAGCUGCGCCAACGGAACCACCAGCCGCCAAAAAUGCGGCCGACGGCGAAAUUCUGGCCGAGAAAGACGAUGCACCUGUCAAGGAACCAACCUCUGGCGACGAGGAACCUUGCGAUGAGCAAAUUGCCUCGACCGCAGGUACAACUCCAAUCGAAGCGGAACCCGCCUCCGAACCAGUGAAGGAGGACGAGAAGCGCGACGACGAAGCUCGUCUCCCUGCUGAGCCCGCGCCAGAGGAGAAAGCUGCCGUUGCAGAUGCCAAAGACUCUCCAGCCGAAGCGACGGACGGGGUUGCGCAGGAGAAACAAGCUGAGGAACCGGAGCCGCAAGCCAGCAAGACCGAUGCCGAUGACGUCAUCCAGACGGAAGCAGCCGAGGCAGAGCCGCAGCCGGAAGAACAAAAUGCCGACGCUAAGCAGGAUCAGGAAACUGCAACUUCAGGCGUGGAGUCCGCUGAGCCAGCGACCGCUUCCGAGGCUGCUGUCGACGAGGACACGGUUGCAACCAAGAAGCUCAAGGAAGCGGAGGUAGCUGAUACGGUUGCUGCCGUAGAACCGGUUGUAGAAAAGGAAGACACCGUUGCACCAUCGCCAGCACCAGCACAAGAACCCGCUAAGACACCGAAUGAGCAGGUCGAAGCUCAGGAAGAUGUCGUCGAGGAUGAGCCGGCCCGGGAUGCCGCAGCCGAAAAGGCCGUGGAGCAGGUACCACAAAAAUCGAUGGAUCCUGUCGAGACUCUUGACGUGAAGGAAGUUACUCCUGUUGAACCUUCCGACAAGGCCCCUGUCCCUGACACACCAGCUGUUGUUGAUGAACAGCCAGAGGUUACGGCCCCUGCUGAUGCUGAGAAGGAAGCUACGGAAGUUCAACAAGAGCCUGCUUCAAAGCCGGACAAUGAACCCGAGCCACAGCCAGAAGCACCCACUUCCACAGAGGCAUUGGAGCCAAGUGCCGAUCCAGAACCAAAGGCAGAGACUCCUGAGGUUUUGGAGGCAGAGAUCAACGCCCCUGAAGAACCGGUCGUUCAGGACGACGUGAAGGAACCGGAAGUCCCGGUUACCGCAGAACCAGUGCCGGCGGCCAAGGAAGAAUCAAAACCUGCGGAUGAGCCCGAACCGUCGACUGAUGCGACAGCCUCUGAGAAGAUUGAGGCUGAGCCUGCAGUUGAUUUGAAAGCUGAGGAAACUCCGGCAGACACGCAGCCAGAGGAAAAGGUCGAUCCAACACCCGUUAAAGAUCAGAGCGAGGAGACCCCCGUGACUGUCGUCGAUGAGCCAACAACCGGUGGCGAAGAGGCAGGCGCUUCCGCUGCACCAAUCGCUGAUGAGCCUGCCGAAGCUGAAAAGCCUGCAGAUCUCGAGAAGGCUGAGGAGCCCGUCGAAGUCUCCAACGAUGUUACUCCAACUCCUGAAACCAAAGCCAUUUCUGAGACCCCAGACGACGAUGAAUCCAAGCCGAAGGAAUCACCUGUGCAGCCUGCUCCUGAACCCGAAUCCACUCCAGCCCCUCCCGUAGUUGAGGAUAAGGCGGAACCGCAGGAAGAGUCGAAUGCUGCUGAUGUAAACGUCGCUGUGUCUGCAUCUGAUGAGCCGGCCGAAAAGUCUGUUGGAGUCCCCGUUCAAAAGGACGAACCGGAGCCGUUGCCGAAACAUGAGGAAGAAGCCAAGGAUGAACCCUAUACCCCUCCGGCCGGACCUGUCGCAAGCGAGGAACCUCAAGUUGAGCCUGUUACAGCUGAGACUCUGCCCAAGGACUCCGACGUCACCGAAGACGCGCCCAGAGCUAAUGGUGUCAAUCCCGUGGUUGCCGUGGAGGAAGUGGCCGAAUCUACCCCUGAAUCUCUUCCAUUAGCAGCCGACACCACAUCACAUGUCACUGUGGAAGAUGCUCCUAAGGAUGAGACUCACGUUCAAGACAAGUCUCUUCCUCAAGCUCCUUCUCAGACUACCGAGACCGCUAUCCCUGAAGAGUCUCCCGCCCAGCCACUCGAAUCGACCCCAGUCGCCAAGUCAGAGCCCCCAGUUGUGGAACCUGUAGUGCAGCAGAAGGUUAUCGAUGACAACGUUGCCACGAUGCCUGCCAACGAAGAGACCAAGAAAGACGUUCCUUCUCAGAGAGAGGAGCAACCGGAGAACCCCGCCAAGUCGGCAGAAGUUAUCCCACCACAAGCCGCCUUGAAGCCGGCCGAGCCCGCCCCGGCCGACGCUGGCUCUGCCAAAGAACCCGUUUCUCAACAGGCACCCAUUGCUGAUGCCCGGAGCGAACCAUCAUCGAUGUCCGAUGCAAAUGCAAAGAGUGCAACACCUAUCGUCGACGCCAUCAAGGCAGCCACUGCUGCAGAGCCUGCUUCGAAGGACGAUGCAAGCAAGCCCGUUGCCAAGGACGCCGAUGAGCCUCAACGCCCACCAACUGCGAAUCAAUCCGUUACAUCUCUGACGACACAUAAGAGGGAGAGCUUUUUCAGGGCUUUAUGGCGUGCCGUCUUCCUUAAUUUCUUCGGAGGUCUGUUCGGGGCAUUCCGUCGCCGCGAGAGACCUCCUCAGUAA